GGUGCAGUUAAUUAUCCACAGAUGGCCAUUCAUUGGGCUAUGUACGGUGUAAUGCCGUUUUUGGCAGGGUUAGCAUCUUCUGUUUACAGACGGAGCCGGGUAUACCAUGCCUCAAGAAGCUUGUCUUCAAGUGGGAAGAACAUUGCAGACAUGGUUCAUUCAAAAAAGGCAGUUGACAUGGUGAACAAUGCAUACGCUGAGAUGAAGGAACAAAUUUCUGUUCAGGAACAUGAACCUCUAUUUCGCUCGCACUACGUCUCAACUUUUCUAUCGUUCCGUGAUGGUUUGCAACCCGUGUUCAAGACGUUCUACGAUCCCACCAGGAACGAGUGGAUAAGUGUUGCGCGAAUGGGAAAGGCCAUGUCUGGUUACCAGAAGAUGACUCACGGCGGUGCAAUUGCAACAUUAUUGAUCGAAUGUUUAGAAACAACACGGAGCUUGUCAAAAAAACCGCUUGAUGAGAUUCAGGAGCCAAGCGAUCCUGUGUACCAUGAAGACUUUCGCUCGACGAUUCCAUCGUACGGUAUUCAAUACUACAAACCCAUUUCCGCCGGAUCCUGGGUGCUUAUUCGCGUUCGCGAUAAUGUCGCUACACUUUAUGAUGCUAAGCGACAAAAAUUGGCUCAGGCUGUCGACAAGACAAUGUCUCCUACGCCAGCGUAGUGAAUUUAUGACACUGAAGAAUGCAAGAGUGACAUUUUAAUGAAACUCCAAGAAAAAAUAAGAAUAUCGGCUUUUUGAGACCCUUUUACCUAAAUGCCCGCAAUGCCUCCAAACUGAUAUGAGAAGCAUAAUUUUUGAAAAGGUCAAGUAGAAAGUCUCGACUACUUUGGGUAUCGAGUGAGCCAAACUUCACAAUAGUAACUCCUCGAAUGCAACAAGCUGUCCACAGCACUACUGGCCGUUCUUCUGCUUUCAUGGUUUUAUUCAAGCGGUCAAGCUUCCAUCGCUGAUGUUCUAACAACUGCUCACUUAGUUGUCUAAACUGUGGCCCCACCAGAAAAAGCGUGCCCACACACUCAAAAUGUUCCAUUCUAUCCGCAAUGGGACAAGCCGAGAGUGGGUCUUGUUUAACAAGUUUAAGCACAUCUCGGACCAGAGUCUUUCCAUCUCUCUGAAUAAUGUUUUUGGAGACGUAGGAAGUCAUAUCCCAUCGUUCGUUCAGCAAGCUGCGACCGUUCACCAUCCAGUCGAGUAACGCUAAACUGCAAGUAUCAUCUGCUAAUUCACAAACCUGUGUCUGUGUGUAGACACUGUCUGCAAACGGUUGCACAGGGUCGGGAAGUGAGAGACAUGUCGCUUGUGAGCCAAUGCGGAUUUUUAUAUUUUGAGUUGAAGGUCCCUUACCGGCAAUUGUCUUAAACACUUUCGUGCUGCCCUGUGUUUGGAUACUCAGUACACAAAGAUCUCCGAUAGAAAUCCGAAGCUGAACUUCGUCGCCAGCGACGAGUCCACCACCAUAAUUGAGCACAUAAAGAGUUGUAAACGUCGAGGUCGACUUUGGUACAAUUAAUUUCAGCGGAUAAGUAAACUUGAUACGCCGAACAGUCUCAACAUUUCCUGCUUUUUCAAGUUCAAACAGUCCGACGCUGGCUUGCGGCUUUUCAGUCUCAAGCGUCCUGGUCAUUUUUGGUGUAGUAAUCUGUACAGGGGCGUCUCACCCUUCCUAAUGAACUCCUCCACAUUUUUGAAGUAGGUUAUCAGCGAAAUAGUAGCAAGAUAGACAAAUAACAUCGCGGGAUAAAUUUCAAUGUAUGCAUCUUUUUGUUAAAUUUUUGCGGUUAUUCCAAGACACUUUUUGUUGUAUACUUUU